AGCAGGGGAUUUCAGCUGCAAAGCAAUUGUACUUCGCAGAAGGAGGCCAUUCAGACCCUUGAGUCUGCACUGGCUCUCGGAGCAAACCAUAUAUUCAGCCCCACUGCCUUAUGUCCGUACUCCUUCAAGCCCCUCUCUUCCAUAUGCCUAAAAUCACUAUGUUUUGCAGACGGAUGUAUUGAAGAUGGGGGAGGGGGAGGAGAGUUGAUUUGAAUUCCUACAUUUCUUUUAAGACUGAGGAGUGGAGUGGUAGAGCUAAAGAAAUAGAAAUCCAAGCUGAAGCUUAUUGGCUCUUCUCUUCCACAAAAGUUUGUUUAUUUAACUUUAACCCUUCCAAGUUUUUGGUGGUUGGGUGCGUGUGGGGGGGAUUUUGGUGCAGAGUUGCUACUUUGCUGUUGUAACUGAUGACAAAAAGAAUGGUUUCCCUUUCCCCCAGGACAGCUUCUCCUCACCAUGGCUUUACAAUCAUGAAUCGACUGAGCAUGAAAAAUUUAGUUGAACCCAUCAACAAAGACUUAGAGUUUCAGCUCCAAGAUCCGUUUCUUCUCUACCGAAAUUCAAACCUGUCCAUUUACAGCAUCUGGUUUUAUGACAAGAAUGACUGUCACAGAAUCGCACAACUUAUGUCGAAGGUAGUGCAUCUGGAAGCUCAGCAGGAAUCACCUGAGGGAACCUCUCCCAACAAGACCAAUGGCUUUGACGAAGAAAAUACUAUCGACAUCCUGGACAUGCUCAGCAAAGCCAAGGAAGAGUAUGAACGAGGAUAUUACCCGGAUGACUCGAGCAUUUUAUCGAGUUCCCCCAGCUUACAGAACAAUGUCGGCCUCGUCAAAUCGACCUCAAUCGAAGCCUUUGAACAUUUGUCAGCGCAGCAGCAGGAUCAGCACGUCUCAACCCCUCGUCACUUGACCGUGGAGGAAUUAUUUGGAACCUCCGUUCCAAAAGAGCAGGCUCCGUUCUUGCACCCCAGCCAGGAGAUGUUAAUGAUGUCCCAACAAGAAGCCACGGGGAGAAGGCAAAACCUGCUGCUGCCUUUCACUUACGAGGGGUCAACCACGGCAAAGCAACCAGAGAGUCCGAAACACAAGGCUGAUUUUCCUAAACUGACCCUGCAGGACGCCAAGGCGCAAGUGCUGAUGUCACCAGCCGCAAUCCAGCAGUCCGAUAAAUGCAGUGCCAAACACAACAUUCGCACCAGCCCUCUCUUUAAACCCGCUCUAAACUCUGAGGCUCUGACGAAUCCAGCCACACUCGCCAUCGGUAUCAGUGAUUUGGGUCAGAGCCUGCAACACGACAUGAAAGCAGUCUCGCCCUUGAUGAUGUGCCCACUCUCCUCUGAGCUGAGCCGUACGCCUCAGAACCUGACUCCGGGAAACAAUCAGAUUCUAACGGCACAAGGCGGCCCCGGAGCGAGAGCCACUGGGGGUUUUGGCUUCCAGGGUCACGAGCUGCUUCAGAAACUCAAGUUGACACAGCAGCACGAGCAGCAGCACCAGACUGUCGGCAAGCCCUGCCUCGCGGCCAAUUUCACCCCAUUGCUCGUCACUCCAGAGAGCUUCAAAGAAUCCAACACAAAAUCCGCGGAUGCUUCAAUGCAGGUCAUUCUCACACCGGUCACUAACUCGUCCAUGCUCCUGUCUCCCAGCGUUUUCAAGCCAUCAGCAGGGAGGGCAUCAGAAGCUGAGAGCAAGUGCCUUUCAGCCUCCCCUUUAACAUUAGCAUCAGACCCUCGAUGUUCACCACUGCCAACUGUCCUCAGUAAGACCCAACUCCAGGAUACUCUAACCCAUCUAAUAAAGAACGACUCUGAAUUUCUGAGCACAAUCCAUGAGGCGUAUCUACAGAUCCUCACCAAGAAUAUAGGUAACCUCAAGCUGUGAGAGGGAGAAAAAAGCACAUUGAACUGCAGCACAAGGGAACCUGCCUCUGUACAAGUACAAACAAACACUUCAGAAAACAGUCUGUACUCAGCAAUGCAAUAUCGUGAUAUUAGUCACCUUUGUCAAGUUAAUUGUCAAAAAAGUGUUUUAGCAUUCGCGUUCUGUGAUUGCUGCAACUCAUCACUGGCCCAGCAGUUUCUCCGUUUACAAAGUAUUUUCCAGCGUAAAUGUCUCAGGCAUUACUGGGUAUGUAUUUGGCAUAUCCCAGAGUUUCUCAGUUAAUACCUUUAUGCAUUUUGCCUUUUACGGGCGUAAUGUAAUCGUUGAGCAAUAGAACACUUUCGUCUCUCCUGUUCGGACGGGGUUUUAUUUGUGCAAAGAUUGGUGGUGGGGGUGGGGGGAAGGUGGGAGGAAUCUGCUGGACACUAAUUGUUGGUGUUUGUUCCUUGUUAGGAAGAAUCCUCAUUCAUUUCAUUCAAUCUUCAAUGCCACAAAGCAACAUUUAAAAAAAAAUAAUAACCCUGAAUUGUCCUUUUCUGGAGUUUUAAGAGUUUAGUUUUACUGUUUCGGUGCAGAGGAAGGCAUUUUAAUCAGCAUUUUUAAUGUGGUUCCUCCCCCGCAUUAAGUUAACCUCUACUAUACAUAUUUGUAUAGAAAUUAUUUCUGAUUUCCUUUUGCCUUUAUGAGGAAAUAUUAAUCGUACAGCUGACAUUUGUAAGGGAAAGCACUCCUAGAUACAAAAGGAUCAAUAAUAAGCAUGCAGGUAUUCCUUUACAAACUAGGGAGACUUCUCCCUGAUUUCAGACAGUGUUUUUUUUUUGCAUUGUGAAGCGCAAUUAUGUUUUUUAAAAAAAAGGGAAGCCAAGUUUAACUAUAUGCCACACUCAAUUGUUCAUUUGUACUUCUGAAUAUCCUAGGGUCGUGCAGAUUUGCGUCAGAGUAAAGUGAAUUGUGUCAAAGCUCAUGUUUCCCUGCGUUCUUGUCUUGUUGAUUCAUCAAAUAGAUCAAUUCAGUCCCCAAGCCAGUAUCACCAAUUUCUCUCUCAGGAUGUGGAAAUGCAAGUUGCAGUAGCCAAAUGCCAAAAAGAUUUCCCACAAAGCAUGAUAACCCCCGGAAUAUAGACUUCUAACCACACAGUGUUUCGUAUUCCAUUUUAUUUACUGCUUUGUUGCUUCUCACUUUAAUUUUCUGAUUCUGCAACUGAGAAGUUUCACCUCAUGGGAGCUGUAGACAUAGGAAGAUUUAGCACUAGAUUAAUAAUAUUUGUUAUUGUCGAGAGCCUUUUUUGUACCCAAAUUGUCCUUUCAAUUACUGGCAUAAUUGAAUGUUUGGAAUCACAUGAUACAACUGCAACUCAGUUGAUUAUGAACUGAUAUGAGCAAGGCUCAACACGUAUUUACCCACAUGGGUGCCAGUUUCUCAAUUAAUAAACAUAAGUUAGCACAACGUCAACUUUCAUUCAUCGUACUGGAUCCAAAGGACUCUUGUUUAGCAUUGCAUCAUUUUUAAGAUGCAUUAUUUAUGAAUUUUGUGUUUGAUUUUGAGUUGGCAGAUCAGUCUUAAAUAUCAGGUUAUUUUUAAUUGCCCUCCUAUAUUAUCUUGACCCAUUCAGCCCAAUUUUACUUGGUUUUAUUUGGUUUUGAGAAGACUUUCUUUAAGCAACAUUUCUUUUUUUUUAAUGGAAAGCUGUCCACCUUUAGAAUUGAUCUUCUUCCUCCCCUCCACAUGAGCUAGUCAGAAAGGACAAGCAAUUUGCUCCCAAGUUACAUUACCAUAGUAAGUGAGCAAGUGAGCACUUGCAUACUAUUCAUAGUCCAAAGUAUAUUCCUUUUUUAAAAAAAAAAAGAAAAUCUCCCACCCUGCAAUCCCAUGUUCCUUGGCUCCUUUACCCCUUGCGAUCAGGCUGAGAUCGGGAAUAUUAAUGCUUUUAACAUCUUUAUUAUUGGCCCGUGCUUUGAUGUGUGUGUGUGUGUGUGUGGAAUGUAGGCCCUGUUGCGCAUUGUCAAUGUUCUGUGUUUUUUUAAUUUAAUUAAUUAAAAAAAAAGAAAAAAAAUAGUUAUUCUGUGAAUUAAUAGUCAUUUUCAAUGUGUCAAGUUUUGUUUUGUACUUUCGCAAGUAUAUUUUUGUAAUAAAAAUUCAAAAAAAAGGGUGUUUUUCAACACCUGCAACAAAA